AACUGAUCGAGCUACGAAAGGACUAAAUCUCUGGAGAUUGAAAAUGGAAACUUUGUUUGGGAAUACCUUCAUUACAAAUUGCAGAAGGGACUGACAAGAUUGGAAAUGAACAAAAUUACAUGCAAAAAAAGCCUCCCACAAUGCUGUGAUUUUUAAUCUUUUUAACUUUUUUUUUUUUUUGACUCAAACUUGCAUUGGCGUAAAGAAAUGGCUUUCUUAAUUAUCCCUGCAUGUAGACAAGGGUUGGUCUUUCUUCUCUUGAUCCUUGCCCUCUACUGCGUUGGAGGGAAAAGCGAGAUUGAUGAAUCGAAAACUUCAGCACCAACAAACGUCCCGAUUUUUGGACCUGUUGACCCUGAAAUCAACCAACCCCAGGCCUUUCCAGAUGAAGAAAGGGCUCACCUUCCCGUGUUUACAAUGGACUACCCACGCAUACAGGUCCCAUUUGAGUUCACUUUGUGGGUACUCUUGGCCUCCUUUGCAAAAAUCGGUUUCCAUAUUUACCAUAAAAUCACUAUCUGGAUCCCUGAAUCAUGUCUCCUGAUUUCCAUUGGUCUCAUCGUUGGUGCCAUCAUGCACUCAGUGAAAGAGGAACCCCCCGCGGUUCUAUCAACCAAUGUCUUCUUCUUAUACAUGCUGCCCCCCAUCGUCCUGGAAAAUGGCUACUUCAUACCUACCAGGCCCUUCUUUGAGAACGUGGGCACGGUGCUGUGGUACGCCGUGGUGGGAACUCUGUGGAACAGCAUUGGUAUUGGGCUUUCUCUGUUUGCAAUCUGUCAAAUUGAGGCAUUUGGUGUCCAGGAUAUUAACCUGCAGGAAAAUUUAUUGUUUGCCUCCAUCAUCUCAGCUGUGGACCCUGUGGCGGCACUAAAUGUGUUUGAUGACAUUGCUGUGAAUGAGCAGCUGUAUAUCGUGAUAUUUGCUGAGGGACUCUUCAAUGAUGCUGUCACAGUGGCGCUCUACAGCAUGUUCUCCUUCGUGGCAGACAUGCCCAGUGUUGAAUCCAGCGAUGUCUUUCUUGGCAUAGCCCGGUUCCUUGUCGUAGGGGUCGGAGGUCUUCUCUUCGGUCUGCUGUUUGGAUUUGUGGCAGCCUUCACCACACGAUUCACUCACAAUGUCCGUCAGAUCGAGCCUCUCUUUGUGAUCAUGUACAGCUACUUGGCCUACCUGGUGGCUGAGCUAUUCGCCAUCUCCAGCGUCUUGGCAAUUAUAAUAUGUGCUAUAACCAUGAAGUACUACGUGGAGGAGAACGUGUCUCAAAGGUCUUGCACCACCAUUCGACAUGUGAUCAAGAUGCUGGCCGCUAUCUCCGAGACCCUCAUCUUCUUUUUCCUGGGUGUGGUGACCAUUACCAGUGAACAUGAGUGGAACUGGGCCUACAUUCUCUUCACAUUGCUCUUCGCGUUCAUCUGGAGAGGACUUGGAAUCCUGGUUCUGUCCCAGAUCAUCAACCCGUUUAGGACUAUACCAUUCAACUUCAGGGACCAGUGCGGUCUGGCCUAUGGCGGCUUGCGAGGGGCCAUCUGCUUUGCUUUGGUCUUCACCCUUCCUGACACCAUCAACCGCAAGAACCUGUUUGUCACCGCUUCAAUCGCCAUCAUCAUUUUCACAGUCUUCAUUCAAGGAAUCAGCAUCCGCCCAAUAGUGGAAUACAUAAACAUCAGGAGAACCAACAAAGAUUUGCACACCAUUAAUGUUGAGAUUCACAACAGGGUGAUGGAGCACAUUGUUUGUGGCAUCGAGGACCUCUGUGGUCAGUGGAGCCACUACUACUGGAAAGACAAGUUUAAAAAGUUUAAUGACCGGAUUUUGAGGCGCAUCCUGCUGCGAGACAACAAGGCAGAGUCCAGUAUAGUGUCUCUGUACAAGAAACUGGAGCUGCAAAGUGCCAUUGAACUUAUUGACACACCAAUGGGAGACAUCAGCGCAGCGCCAUCUGUCGUCUCAUUGAAUGAUGAGCGGAAAGAAGCAGCUCGACCCAAGAGGAGGUUUUUGCCUGGGGAUGUGACAAAGAUGCACAAUAUUUUGUCAAAGCACAUGUAUAAGAUCAGACAGAAGACGACGACAUACACCAACAAGUAUAACCUACCAGAAGACAAUCCAGCACGAGAGAUUCUGAUGCGCCGGCAUGCCAGCAUCAGACGCAGCAUCCGUCCAGGAAGUUUUAGAGAGAUGCCUGCACAGAAGGUAUCGAGGUCUCAGAAGUACUUUUCCCUCCAGCCUGGAGAUCUGGAGACAGCUUUUGCGCUCCGGAAAAGAUCAGUCGGUGGCAGCGCUCGUUCAGGUGUACUCCCUCGUUCGUCCACUCGCUCUGAGUAUUCUAUGACAAGGCUGAACACUAUCAGAGAGAUGGGCGCUACUGGUGGAGCGUCCGGACAUCCUGACGUGGAGGAGAGGAACGCACGGAGUCCAGUGUCAGACAUUACAGGAGCAGGUCCCACCUCCAUGAAGCGCUUCUCAAGCUACACAGACAGAGAGGUCAAUGUGGAUGACCCAGGACCCGAGGAUGAUGUGGUGCGUUCUCCUGUGUUGCCGAGGCCUUCUGGUUGGACACCAGAGAACAUGACGGAGGACGAAGCUAGAAAUCCUCUGUUUAGAUCAACAUCAGGAUCAAAAUGACUGGCACUUUAACUAAAGAAAAGUUAUUUCUAUGUCUUUAUCAGAUGAAUCUUUCUGGCUAGAUUGGGUCAGAUGAAACACAACUGUUGCUGAACUUACUGAACAAAGUGAGCUCAAGACAGCUCUGGAUUAACCAACUUUACUACAGGAAAUUCUUUUUCCACAAGCACAUGUGCUCCUGUGCACCACCUUGGAUUGUUGGAAAGCACUGAAGAAAAUGGAGGACAAAAAAUGGAUUGUGGUCAUCUCAGUAUUGGAAUGGUGAAGUUGUAGCAGGCGCAGAGGUCAAGGUUCUCCCUUAAAGGCACAUCUCCAUCUCUUCAUCUGAGGUGAAGUUCAUUUUCUCAUGGACUAAGGUGAAGGUCUCAAACGGAUCCACACUGAUCCGCUGCUGAAACAAUCGGUACCAGACUGACAAUGAGCUCAUUGCAGUCUUCGGACCCCUAAUAGUUGAGAUGGUGAUUGGAUGGAACAAAAACCUGCACCCACUGAGGCCCUUCAAGGACCGGUGUGUGAUCCCUGGACUACAGUUUUAGAAGAGCUCAGGGUGUGAGUGGGAAUGUGACUCCUGAGGUCCUGUGAUGGUGGAUUAUCUCCAGUGGGACGAGCACCUCAUGUUGACCACUAGGCUAUUUUAUUUGUUGUUUUUAGCUCAGUUAAACUAAUAUUCUUUUCAAGGCCUUUUCAAAAUGUAACCUUUAAAUUUGUGUGAUUCAAAUGUCAAGUGUUUUGUCAUCAUUAUUGUCUCUACCUUCGGGUGCAUCUUGAUGUGGACGUAAUUUAAUGCUUGAGUUUCCAAAGUGGCGGACAAACAAAAUCAAAACAAAAAAACCCUUCGUUAAUCAGCCACAGAAAAAGACUAAUGCCCUGCGUCAAUACAGAAACACUUUCAAAGGUUACUUUUGAAGGAGACAAAGUACAUGAAGAGAUUUCCAAAAAUGAAAGCCAUUUCUUUCUUUGUGUCUACAGACGGGGGUUAAUCAAAGGCAUGUUACAAAGGAGUCAUGUCAGCAUGAUUUAAUUUAAACACUUAAGCGUCUGAGUCCCACAACUGCCUGCUCUCACUUUCAGACAACAAUGAAGACUGAGCAUUGAUUUAGUCCAUUAUCCUCCACUUUAAAAGGCAUUGAUCCGGUUAUUAAACUCUCUAAUU